AUGGCGGCCGCCUAUAUUUUGGCCCAAAACAGAAGGAACUUAAGAAGACAACGAAUAUUUAGAGAUAGGAAUAACCCAUUGGACUAUAUGCCUGAUGCUGAUAUUAUUGAUAGGUUCCGCCUUCAACGCCAUUUCAUUUUGAGAUUAUGUGCAGAGCUUAAUGCUAAUCUAGCGCAUGCUACUAGCAGGUCUCAUGCUCUUCCUACAUCACUGCAAAUCAUGGUGGCGCUCAGGUUUUAUGCCAGUGGGAAUUUUCAAACUGUCACUGGGGAUCUCCAUGGUAUUGUUUCAAGAGUAAUUAAGGCUGUAUCAUCAGCUCUAGUACACGUAUGUUCUGAUUAUAUUAAAUUUCCACUCGAUGACAGAAGUAUCAAUAACACCAUACUUGGCUUUUCCCGCAUUACAAAUUUCCCUAAUGUCAUUGGAGCAAUAGAUGGAACUCAUGUACCAAUUAAAGCCCCGAAAAAUGACGAGCAUCUGUUUGUGAACAGGAAAAAUUUUCAUUCUAUUAAUGUUAUGGCAGUCUGUGAUUCUAGUACAAAAUUUACAAACAUAGUUGUCAGAUGUCCUGGGUCAUCACACGAUGCUUUUGUGUGGACAAAUUCAUCAUUAAGUGAUCUUUUUGAAAAUGGGGGUAUCAGAAGAGGUUGGUUGCUUGGGGACAGUGCAUACCCUCUGAAAAAGUAUCUGAUGACUCCAGUGCUCAACCCAAGCAAUCACCGUGAAUUAGCCUACAACGAUGCGCAUGCUAAGACGAGAAACCCUAUUGAAAGAAGCUUCGGUGUGCUUAAAAUUGCGCUUUCUGUGCAUUGA